CAAAUGUUUGCUUCUAUGAAGAUCUACGCUGAAGUAGCCCCUCGGCGGGGAAUUUAAAUUGAUCGGUCGCCACUGUCACAAGUUUCUUUCUUUGCUAUCAGCCGUAUUGAACGCGUUUCUUCUUUUCAAAUCUCGGCCAGCCACCAAGAUGGACGAGCUUCCCGAGUUUCUUCCGAACGUACAGUUCGAGAUCAAGCAUGCCGCAGCUCUCGCCGAACAACUUAAAUUAGACCAAAUCAGAUGCAAAGAACGCCGUACGCCCAGCCGACUAGUGAUAGUUUUACCCAAACGAAAACCCUCUGCGUCGUUACUUGAUGCUGUCGCCUGGCAUAUCACACCGUACAAAGAGGUGCCUCCGGCACUGCGAUGGGCUCGAUGCGAAGCAAUCAUUGAAAGCAUCACUGCAUACUGGAAUGGACUUGAUUCCCACUGGCAUGGACAUGUGUCAUGGGCAAUACCACAGACCCACGAGCUUGACGCGACCCUCAAAGUAUUGCAAUAUCUCGAGUCGAGGUCAUCCGUGUCUCAUAUUACGCAGAGGAGCUCUUUCAACGAUGUGGUCAAUGCAGUGAGAUCUCACCGGGGCAUGAAUAGUGUCAUGCGCAAUGACUUCCACGAAGAAGCCGAGGCACGCCUGAAACAAAGGGCUGGAAUGACACCAGCUAAACCGCGAUGCUAUAUGUGUUACCGGCUGCGCUCCAGCGUCGGUACUCAUGAUAUGUAUCCUUCGCUUUGUAAUGAUUGCGGAGACUUUAACUUGAGCUCGUCAAAUCAAUCGCUGCCGCCGAACCUAAGGCUUUCCGGGAAACUCGCACUUGUCACCGGGGGCCGAAUCAACCUGGGAUACCACACAGCUCUGAGAUUACUUCGAUGCGGUGCCCAUGUCAUUGUUUCUUCGCGAUACCCUGCCGAUGCAGCGAGUCGAUAUGCCCAAGAAAGCGACUUCCAAACAUGGCAGUCAAGGCUCAAAAUCAUUGGGGCUGAUUUUCGGACUGCCAGAGACGCAUUUCGGCUCGUUCAUAUAGUCAAGGAACUUCUGCGCUCGUGGGGUAAUGAUCUAGGAAGGAGAAAAUCAGAACGCACCCUGAACAUCUUGAUCAACAAUGCCGCCCAAACUUUGACAGAUCCCCUGAGAGCGGAAGCUAGGGCGAUAUCUCGCGAGGAGCAGUUGAGAGAUGAUCCACGUACUCAAGCAUUGAUCGCAGGACAGCCUGGAGACGGAUAUAGACCAAUGAUCCGAGGGGGGAUGCAUGCAUCCUGGAUCCCGAGCAUCGAAGAUGAUACCAAGAAGCUAAGAAUCGAAAAUGACUCCAGCAAGCCGGAAGACAAAAUCAUAUCAAAGAGUUUACACACGAACAACGCUGAGGAUCCAGGCAAAUCCUCCUGGAUCCAAUCUCUAAACGAAAUCCCCUACGAGGAUCUCAUCAGCGCACAUUCCGUCAACGCAUUCGUUCCUCUAAUAUUAUGCCGGGAACUCCUCCCAUAUAUGGGCUCACCUCCAGAUAAUCAAUUCUGGUGCCAUCGAGACCGAGCACAGGGCUACAUAGUCAAUGUCUCUUCGCGUGAGGGUAUUUUCGAAGACGUUUCUGAUUCGCGCAGUAAGGCCGGAUACCAUGUACAUACGAAUAUGUCCAAAGCUGCCAUCAACAUGAUAACGGAGACCGAGGCUGGGGCUGCAUGGGAGUCGUGCCGUGUGGCGAUGAAUACAGUUGACCCGGGAUAUAUGAGUGCGGCCCCGGACUGUCAACCUCAGGGUGGUUGUCCGAUUGGAUUUGAAGAUGGGGCUGCUCGGGUAUUGUGGCCUAUUGUUGUUGGAGAAGAUGGGCGAGCUGUUAAGGGCAAGUUCCUCAAGCAUUUCCAGGAGGGUUCGCCAAUAAUUCAUUGA